AUGUAUGCACCGCCUGAGCCUAACGAGGAGGAGGAUAAUGACGAGCAAGGUGUCGUUUUCACAGAUGUGGAAGAGUUGCUUGGGGCCACAGAAGGACAGUUUUCUCUUCCCCCGCAUUUCAGGUGUGCUUCGCAUACACUCAAUUUGAUCUCGUGCAAUGACAUCGACAAAUGGCUGUCCUCCAACAGUGACUCAAAAUGUGUGUACAGGAGUGCAACGGCAAAGUGCGCUGCUCUUUGGACAAAGACUGGACAUCAGAGCCCCGACAGAGCGCGAACAUCUAUUCCUAAAGGAAUACUGCAGUGUUUUGAAACCCCUGACGGUAGCACUGGAUAUAUUGCAAGGGGAAGACAACUGCUACUAUGGGACUCUUCUACCAACCCUGGAGACCCUGAUGUCCAGGACACUGGCACUCCAAAAUGGACUGUCGAGGAUGACAGCAAACCUACCGGGUGUAAUUGUACAGCUAUCAGGACGCGAUUCGCACCAGUGUUGGAGAGCAGUGAAGCUUUAUUGGCUGCCUUGACGUUGCCGAAAUUUAAAGUUCGAUGGAUUGUGGGAGCGGAGCGGAGAGAAGCGGCGCGUGCGCUGCUCAUCGCGGAGUGUCGCACUCUACCCCGUGAUGAAGAGCCGGCUAACAAUAAAAACCGAGAAGCCGCCGCACACAGCAGCGCCAAUGAGAAUGACUUUUUUUCUUUUGAUGAGGAAGAGGAAGACGCAAUGUCCAUUAGCGCAGACUCGGAGGUAUUUGAGUACAUGAGAUCAGGCUCAGAGUUAGAAGUCCUCAACCGUUUCCCCCGAGUGAAAGCUGUGUGUAUGAAAUACAACACUGCCACACCAUCCAGUGCACCGGUGGAGAGGCUGUUCAGCCUGGGAGGUAUUGUGCUUUCCCCCAGAAGAAACAGACUCUCAGAUAAACGUUUUGAAAGACUGCUCCUGAUGAGGUAUAAUCGCACAUUUUGUACUGAUGUGGAAUAGGUUGCCUGCCACCCAUGCUAUAGACAUAGCUCAAGCCUAUGCCUAAUAUCCUCUUUUUUUAUCU